UGAAACCAAAUGUUACUCAGGUUGCAUGCUGGGAAUUCUGGCAGUCAGUCUGUUUUAGCCAGAAACUAAACUUUUCUCAAAGGCAGCUUACAUCAGGAACAGUACAGUCCCUCCCCGCAGACGUUUCCUUCGGAAAGUGCUCCUCCUCUUCUUUUUCCCCUCUCUCCUUAUGCAGAAAACUGAUAAAAUUGAGAGAAAGUUUCACCAACAGAUGAUAAUAUGUGUUACCUCCAGCAGGCACAGGGACCCACAGCUUAAUGGAAUACACGGAAGUGCUUUAUAAUAAAGAAGACAGGACUUUUCAGAGAUGACUGUGCCGCAGGAAUGAAACAUUGGCAGUAAAAGUGGAUUGUUCACAUAUGAGCUGACAACUACAGCCUGGAGUAGCCACUUUACAUCUCUUUUACAGGAAGGGAUGGACGGGGAAUUCUGUUAAAAAAGAUGACUUUUCCCUGCUGAUCCUAACAGUAGAGACUGGGUGUGCUUAGUGGAUUAAAACAGAGAAGUCAAGUUCUGGAGAAGUUUUAAUGUUGCAGAGGCUCCACAAAAUGAAAGAGAAAAGCCAAAUUCCACUGAUUUUACCCUUAUUCCUUCUAAUCCUGAGCACAGUGGAAUCUCAGGUCAAUCCAGCCGUCUGCCGUUACCCUUUGGGUAUGUCAGGAGGACAGAUCCCUGAUGAAGAUAUUACAGCAUCCAGUCAGUGGUCGGAAUCUACAGCAGCCAAAUAUGGAAGGCUGGAUUCAGAAGGAGGUGAUGGAGCAUGGUGUCCAGAGAUGCCAGUAGAUCCUGAGGAACUAACAGAGUUUCUCCAAAUUGACCUGCGUGGUCUUCAUUUUAUAACCUUGGUGGGCACCCAAGGGCGACAUGCAGGAGGGCAUGGCAAUGAGUUUGCGCAGAUGUUUAAAAUCAAUUACAGUCGGGAUGGAACUCGCUGGAUUUCUUGGAGAAAUCGGCAAGGUAGACAGGUUCUGGAUGGAAAUGUCAAUCCUUAUGAUAUUGUCUUAAAAGACCUUGAGCCACCAAUUAUAGCUAGAUUUCUACGAUUCAUCCCAGUGACUGAUCACUCCAUGAAUGUUUGCUUAAGGGUUGAGCUGUACGGCUGUGUUUGGCUUGAUGGAUUAGUUUCAUACAAUGCUCCUUCAGGGCAACAGUUCCUUCUCCCAGAAGGUUAUGCCAUUUACCUGAAUGACACUAUAUAUGAUGGAGCAAUUGGUUACAGUAUGACUGAAGGACUUGGUCAACUAACAGAUGGUGUUGCUGGGCUAGACGACUUUACGUUGACUCAUGAGUACCACAUGUGGCCUGGGUAUGACUACGUAGGAUGGAGCAAUGAAAGCUUCAGCAAUGAUUAUGUGGAAAUCAUGUUUGAAUUUGACAGAAUAAGAAACUUCACAACCAUGAAGGUUCACUGCAACAACAUGUUCUCCAAGGGAGUUAAAAUCUUCAAGGAGGUCCAGUGCUUCUUCCGCUCUGAUGCCAACGAGUGGGAAGCUAAUUCCAUCUCAUCCACGUUAGUGCUGGAUGAUGCCAACCCCAGCGCUCGCUAUGUAACUGUGCAACUCCACAAUCACAUGGCCAGGGCAAUCAAGUGCCAGUACUACUUUGCUGACUCUUGGAUGAUGUUUAGCGAGAUCACCUUUCAGUCUGAUGCUGCUAUGUACAACAAUUCAAUGAGCCCUCCACAGUCAGCUAGUGUCCCAACUACAUAUGACCCCACUCUUAAAGUAGAUUACAGCAAUACCCGCAUUCUGAUUGGUUGCCUGGUAGCCAUUAUUUUAAUUUUGGUGGCAAUUAUUGUUAUCAUCCUCUGGAGACAGUUCUGGCACAAGAUGCUUGAGAAGGCUUCCAGGCGGAUGCUGGAUGAGGAGCUAACUGUUAGCCUCUCCCUUCCCAGUGAUGCCAGCAUGUACAACACCAAUCGCCGCCAUGACUCUGUUUCAGCCAGUGAGCAGGAGUCAAAUUCAACUUAUGACAGGAUAUUCCCAUUAGGUCCAGAUUACCAGGAACCCACGCGACUCAUACGGAAAUUGCCAGAAUUCACUACCCAGACAGUAGGAGAGGAAGAAACUGCAGGUAGUUCUGCUGGAAAAUCUGCUUUGCCUGCUAGUGCUGAUGGAGUUCCUCAUUAUGCUGAGGCAGAUAUAGUAAAUUUACAGGGGGUAACAGGUGGUAACACAUAUUCUGUCCCAGCCAUCACCAUGGAUCUUCUGUCUGGUAAAGAGGUGGCAGUGGAGGAGUUUCCCAGAAAGCACCUGACCUUCAAAGAGAAACUCGGUGAAGGUCAGUUUGGAGAGGUGCAUCUUUGUGAGGCAGAAGGAGUAGAGGAAUUUCUAGACAAAGACUUAAUCCUGGAAACUAACCCUGGUCAGCCCACGCUGGUGGCAGUGAAAAUGCUAAGAGCAGAUGCCAACAAGAAUGCCAGAAAUGACUUUCUGAAAGAAAUCAAGAUAAUGUCCAGAUUAAAGGAUCCCAAUAUUAUUCGUCUGCUAGCUGUGUGCAUUGCAGAGGACCCACUGUGCAUGAUAACAGAAUAUAUGGAGAAUGGAGACCUCAACCAGUUCCUCUCCAGACACCAGCCUGAGGGGGGACUGCCUGCUGCCACCCCUCCAAUCCGUUACACAGAUCUCAGGCACAUGGCUGCACAGAUUGCUUCUGGGAUGAAGUAUUUGUCUUCUUUGAAUUUUGUACACCGUGACCUUGCUACGCGAAAUUGCCUGGUGGGGAGGAAUUACACGAUCAAAAUAGCUGAUUUUGGAAUGAGUCGCAACCUUUAUAGUGGAGAUUAUUAUCGAAUUCAGGGGAGGGCUGUACUUCCAAUUCGCUGGAUGUCAUGGGAAAGCAUCUUACUGGGAAAAUUUACAACAGCAAGUGAUGUUUGGGCUUUCGCAGUCACCCUGUGGGAGACCCUUACUUUUUGUCGGGAGCAGCCAUACUCUGAGAUGUCAGACGAGCAAGUAAUAGAGAACACAGGGGAGUUCUUCCGAGAACAAGGAAAACAGGUUUACCUUCCUAAGCCAAACAGUUGUCCAGAAUGUGUCUACAAACUGAUGCUGAGCUGCUGGAGGCGAGAAACCAAAGACAGGCCAAGCUUUCAAGAGAUAUGUUUAAGUUUGCAGUCAGAAUCCGGUCUGCAUGAAGGACCCUUGUAAAUAAAUCUUUUGUUAUCCAUAAGGCCAUUUAUGAGUCUGUGCCGAAUGAUAAGUGGGUGAUUGAGCAAAUAUAUUCUUCUGAUUACUUCAUAUAUAGAAUAAUAUGCAUCCAUUUGUAAGGUACCGGAAGCCACUGGGGAGUUCCAAAGCCAUUAAAGUCUUAAUUGUUUUAA